AUGCAGCGCCCAUGUGCAACGUGAGCUAGCCGCUCGCAGUUCCCCUCUCGAGACCCUGUGCGUCGCGCCUUCCCCGCGCUAGCUCACUGCAGCCGCAUGCCCCACCAGAGCCACGCGUGUCGAACGUACCAGAGCUCACCGCUUGGGCCGAGACCACCUUUGCCAUAACAAACAUCUUCCCGCCUUCCUCGCAUCUCAACCUCACUUGCUUUUUCUCUCACUUCAACAAAACUCCACAAUACCCCACAAUGGCAGCUGCAUACCCUCCCGGUGGAACCUUCUUCGACACGGUCAAGAAGAGCUUCGUAGACGUGCCUGUUGACGAGUCCAAGGACAAUGCUAUCUCGACGACGGAGUUCCUAGAGGCGGCUGAGAGCACGACUAUCCUGUUCGAUGUCUUGGGCUCGGUGGCAUUCAAGCCGGUCAAGAAUGACAUGAGCGGCAACAUCAAGAAAAUCCGCGACAGACAGCUCGCAGCACCCGCCCAGUCAGAAUCACUCCAAGAACUGGCCCUGAAUGAGCUCAAGGAGAAGAAGCACACUGCUACCGAAGGUCUCGUGUGGCUGAACCGUGGCCUCGACUUCACUGCCCAAGCCCUCCGUCACAACAUCUCGAACCCCUCCAAGGAGCUCGCCGACUCCUUCCGCGAUGCCUACGGCAACACACUCAAGCCCCACCACUCCUUCAUGGUCAAGCCCAUCUUCAGUGCUGCCAUGAGCGCUACACCCUACCGUAAGGACUUCUACGGAAAGUUGGGCGAUGACGAGAGCAAGGUCCAGGCUGAGCUGGAGAAGUGGCUCGCGGCGUUGGAGAAGCUUGUCGCUAUUCUGAACACAUUCUUGGCGAAGAAGGAGGCCAAGUGGUAGAUAUGGGAAAAUAAAGCGACGAUAGGUACUGGCAUGUCCUACGAUAUGAAUGAUGAAUAUGAACAGCUAUAA